GUCAAACAGUAGAUCGUCGAACUUCUGUUCAGUACAUCUUGGCUGUAUGAGAGAUCAUAUAACAUUAGCUGAUCUCUUAUCGGGCAAAUUUUAACAAAAUGUCGUUUCACUUGUUAUUGUUGAUUGCUGCAUCGCCGCUUCUCAUCACCGCGUUUCCACAAAAUUCGGAUGACGUAGCUGUGGCUCAGGCAGAGAUGGUUCAGGUAGAUGGCUUCGUCUUUGACGGUCCAGUGGCUACCGAGCAAUCCAAUGGAGAACAAAGAAUUACAUCAACAUCCACAACUACGACAACUACCGCGUCUACUAUUACAUCAACAUCCACAACAACAACUACUACUCAAACUGAUGAUCAGUAUAACAGAUGCGUGACGAAUUGCCCGGUGACGAACGAAUAUAAUCCUGUUUGUGGUACGGAUAACACUGAUUAUACUAAUCCGGGAGGGCUGGGUUGCGCGCAACGUUGUGGAAAAGACGUGAGAUUAAAUCAUUAUGGACGCUGUUCAACAGGCAGAAUUGGAUAAUUUCCAUUAUAAUACAGUUCAUAGUAAUAAAUGGUUUUAAUGAAAGAUUGUACAAAGAAAAAUAAACAUUAAUAAGUUAAACUAA